CUUUAUCCACGUCAUCGAUCCGCGUUACUUCGUGAUUCAACGGCUGAGAUGAAGGUAUUGCAGAGAGAGCUACUGGGUAGAACGAAGCUGCUGCUCCUCUCUAUCCGCUUCUCUCUCCUCCCCUGUUUUCCUUUCUCCCAAACAAUUUCUCCCGAAUUUUGUCGAGUAAAUUUUCCGAAUAUCCAAAUCAUGGAGGAAGAGAGAGAAUUUGAAGAAAUUCGUGACGCUGAGGAGACUGAGAAGGUGGAGGGAGUGGAAGAAGAAGAAGAAGAAGACGGAGAGGACGACGAUGGCGAUGACGACGACGUUGAGGAGGAGGAGGAGGAAGAUGACGAGGAGGAUGAGAGAGAGGUGCUGCCGAGCUCUGGUGGUCCUCCUCCGGUCCAUCUGAUAGAGGACGACGACGAGGAUGAUGAGGGAGAUGACGACAACGGCGAAGGCGGCGACGACGACGACGACGACGACGACGACGACGACGACGAAGACGAAGAUGAGGACGACGAUGAAGAAGAAGGCGAAGAAGAACAGGAGGAUAUGGGAACCGAGUACCUUGUCCGGCCCCUGGAUCGUCCUGAGGAGGAGGAAGAUAACAGUGAUUUUGAACCAGAAGAGAAUGGUGAGGAAGAAGAGUUUGGUGAAGAAGAUGAGGAUGAGGAUGAUGAAACUGGAGGGAAGGUGGAGGCUUCAGCAAAAAGGAAGAGGCCAGAUGGAGAUGACUCCGGUGAUGAUGAUGAUGGCGGUGGCGAGGAUGAUGAGAGACCAUCCAAAAGAUAAGGGCGUCGAGGUCAAUCUUUCUCCCUCCCUCUCUCUCUCUCUCUCUUAAAACUAUCUUAGCUCUCUCUAGAGAGUAGGAUUCACGGAUGUUGUUCUGGUUUCGUGUAAUAUCAUGUUGCAGUAGGGUAAAACAUAUCUCGGGGAAUGCGUAGUUUAUAUCUGUUUCCGAAAAACUAUUGGAACUUUUGAUCUAGUUCUGGUGUGAGGUUAUGAUGCUAGAGAAACUCUAGAUACUUUGUUUCAAUGUUCAUUUUCCGUUGGUAGGUAGGUCUUUCAGUGCUCUGUUUCUAUCCCUCUACUAGGCUGUUGAAUGGUUUAAAGAUGUGUGGACUUAAUUAUUAUACAUUGUGGGGUUUUUUUUUCGGAUGUAAUAUUGUAGUACUAUCUUUAUUUCUGCCAA